CCUGACGGGCAUUUUCCCCGAGUUCCCAACCGCAAGGCGCGGCCCCGAUAUCGAGCUUGACUUGCCAAUCGGCACCCAUCAGCCGAGAUGGUGUGUCUCAAAUUCCCCAAGGAGAAGAAGAAGGCGAAGCCGAGUUUUAUUCGCCGCAUGACUACCUUUGCACGCGGCUCGCCUCACUACGGGAGACAUGCCAUGCGCGAGGUCAUCAAUGCAGCACUCGCCUGCAACGUUUUGACCCUUGUCGGCGUCGGUACAACAGCGUGUUUCCACGAGUGCUUAAAGAAACAUGUCAGACACGUCUACGAUUCGGCCCGAAAGAGCGACAGGCUGCUGUCGCGCGAGAGACUCGAUGAGUUCCUGAGGGCGACGCAGGGUGUCGACCACAUCAAGUUGCCGGACCCCCAACAAUACGAAGCCUACACCUUUGACCAAUUCUUCCAGCUUUGGAGCAACAAUGAGUCGGCCUGGCGUGCUGCUGGAGAAAGGCAUCAGAAGCCCGUUGAUGCGACCUAUCCCAUCAGCAACUAUUUCAUCGCAUCUUCCCAUAAUACAUAUUUGGAAGGCAAUCAGCUGUCCUCCAAGAGCUCGGCCGAGGCCUACCGGGCUGUGCUGAGAAACGGAUGCCGGUGCAUCGAGAUUGACGUUUGGAACGGUCCGCUCCCUCGUUCAACGUCCAAGUCGCCCACUCCAGGACACAGAAGACACUUCUCAUCCGGAUCACUCCCACGGCUUGCCUCAGAAAAGCUCAUGAGCAUCAGAGUAAGUCGCCAGCAGAGCCGUAGCCCGAGCGCCAUCCAGACAGCCUUUCCGUCCCCCCUGCCAUCACCGGAUCCCCGGGAAAGCGCUACCACGCUCGACCCAAAGGACCUCGCCGAAUGCCGUGCGAAAUCACGGUCCUCGUCCCUAUCGAACCAUACGGUCGAGCCAGUAGUACACCACCACGGCACCAUGACCACGACGGUGGGCUUCCGAGAGGUGUGCCGGGCAAUCCGAGAAAGCGCGUUUGAGAGGAACCCUCUUCCAGUCAUAGUCAGCCUCGAGGUUGGCGCCGACCAAGAGCAGCAAGAGAUCAUGGUGAAGAUUAUGAAAGAGGAGUGGCGCGAUGUGCUGCUUGAGAAAGCGUUGGACACUUGUGAUAAUCGGCAGCCUCGGUUAGAGGAGCUGUACAACAAGAUUCUGAUCAAGGUCAAACGUGUAAAGGAGAGUCAGACCGACGAGGAAGUCGAGAGAGGGCGGAGCAUUGGGAUUGCCGCCAUCCGGGGGAAACCGCGUAUCUGCAGGGAACUCUCCAAGCUCGCCAUCUACACACACAGCGAGCACUACGGAGGGGAGGAUUCCCUCGACUCCGACUCGCCAAGCCACAUCUUCAGCUUGAGCGAGGACGGUUUUUUGUCACUGACCGAAGACACCGAUAAGCUCGACAAGCUCCUCGCCCACAACAGGGACUACCUCAUGCGCAUCUACCCUAAUCCCUAUAGAAUUGACAGCAGCAACCCCGACCCGACCUUCCACUGGCGCAGGGGCGUGCAAAUGGUAGCUAUGAACUGGCAAAAGACGGACGAGGGCAUGAUGCUCAACGACGCCAUGUUUGCCGGAACCAAUGGCUGGGUGCUCAAGCCUCCCUCGCUGCUGAGCAACAAGACGACAACCGAGAUGUCCGACAUGGCCAGCGACCCGAAACCGACCCUCGAUUUGCGGAUCACAGUGCUCGCGGGCCAGUUUCUGCCCUUACCUGGUGACCGGAAAAGCAGCGGCUGCUUGGGUAUCACGGGCGAUAGGAAGUUCCAUCCCAAGAUCAAGGUGGAAUUGCAUGUCGAGAAGGCGCACCGGUCGCUCGAUUAUGCAAGAGAGACGGAGCCCGCUUGGACGGAACACCCCGAUUGGGGGCUGCACCCAAAGAGCCUGGAAUUUCUUGAUGUCAAGAAUGUGGUGGAGGAGCUCAGUUUUGUGAGGUUCAAAGUCGAAGACGACUCGAGUAACUUUGGAGGGGAACUCGUAGCCUGGGCCUGCAUCCGCCUCGACCGCCUCCAGCGCGGGUUUCGGUGCGUUGAUCUUCUCCAUCCGAUCACUCGCCGGCCUUGCGAGGGGAAACUGUUUGUCAAAGUCGAGAAGGUUUGGAGGGAUUGAGAGCGAUGCUUUGUUCUUCGGCUUAAGGGCGUUUGCCAUCUGCCAGCGGAUAUUUGGCGCUCUUUUAUUGGACAUAUUGUGGGCUUUGGCUUCCUUUCUUGGUGUACUUGCGGAGCUGCGCAUGGUGUUCGGGAUGACUUGGCACUUGGGUUUCGAUAUACGGAAGGCCGGUUCACACCGUUACAAUACGGACAAACGGGUUU